UCUUUGUUAAACGAACGGGGGAGACAACUCAUCACGCAUAUCCGCCAGCCAUCGGUUUGACAUUGUUUGGCAACCAGCAAAUCGGGACACGAUGGCAGAGCAGCAGGUUACCGAAAGUACGGCCACGACGACCCGACUGCCGAGGGUGACGAUACAGUUUUGUACGCAGUGCAAGUGGAUGUUGAGGGCUGCUUAUUUCGCCCAAGAGCUCCUAUCAACCUUCUCAACCUCCCUAGGCGAAGUUGCCCUCCAGCCGUCAACCGGAGGUGUAUUCGUCGUCGAGAUCACCACCUCUUCUCCUGCUACUACUACUGAAGCCGGGAGUAGCGAUCAAGUCAAGCUUCUGACGAAAAUCCUCUGGGACAGGAAGACCGACGGUGGAUUCCCCGAAACAAAAGAGCUCAAGAGACGCGUGAGGGACGUUAUCGAUCCCAGGAGGGGUUUGGGGCACGUGGACAGGGAUUAUUCCAAGCCCAAAUCUGGUGAGGGAGAGGACAAGAGAGAGGAGGGGGUAGAGAAGGGGAAAGAAGAAAAGAAAGUCGAGGAGGGAAAGGUGUGUACCAUUGAGGGGAAGGAGAAUUGUGAGGAUUGUCAGUAGGUGGUGGUAGUUAUCAGUUAUUCUUGGAAUAUAGUCCCUUAAAUGAACACUAGUCACCAAUCAUCUAGUAAAAAGAGGCUGGGCCGUAGCAUGUCUACUACAUUGAAGGGAAUGGC